AUGCUUUUCUUACUUUUUCGUCCUAUUUCAAGCUUAGUUAAUGCCCCUAUGCGACAACAAGAUGCAAUUAUACAGGCCUCAUGCUCAGAAAGUAAUCCUUGCAUGUUUUCUAUUCAGGGGAAGACAUAUUCUUAUUCAUAUUUAACAGUCUAUGAUUUAACACGGACAGAUCAGAUAAAAUACGCUAUUAAUCCUUCAUCAGCACCUUCGAGUUGGGAUUCUUCAGAUCUUACCACAGGUACUUCUCAAGAUUUAGAUAGGAUUUUUGUAACACCAACACCCGUUCAAUCUUUAUACGUCCUGGUAAAGCCAUCUACUUCAAAAACAAUUUCAGCUCGUGCAGGCUACGCAAUGACCUAUUGUCGCGCAUGA